CCCCACCCAUCCAAAGCCCCCAACCAGUCCUUGCAUCCGCGCUAGUGGCGAAAUACCCUUCGACCCACCACGAAUACCAGCGAAGAUGUCUUCUACAUUUACGCCCACCGAUGUUAUAGACAUGAACAAAGAGAAGAACUGGUCAGCAGGCAUCGGCAUGAUGGAUUGGGACAACACACGCAUCGUUUUCACGAAGCGGUCUCUUAUCGAGUUCCUCAGAUACACGGGAACGACCGUGGAUACCAACUUCCACAACAUCCAGAAGCUACCCAAAUACGCUACCUUCGGCAAGCUGUCUGGAGAAACACCUGCUCAGUCUGCAGAAGCAGCCCCCUCUGCCUCCGACGCCGUCCCAGCAUCCACCUCUGACGACGGUGGCUUCAGGCCUACGAGGCGUGUGCGUGCUGCUCCGGGCGGUGAGACGCACGACAUCUUCGCGCACUAUACCGACGACGACGCCCUCGCGGGCGCGCCGCCGCGCCAGUCUGAGGAGCAGUCUGCGCAGGCUCAGCAAGAGGACAGUGCCGCGGCUCAGACUCGGAAGCAAUCCGGCUCAUUCUGGGACGAGAACCCCGCGCCUAAGGCUGAUUUCAGACCGACCAGGCGGGUUCGUGAGAUGCCCGGAGGUCGUGACAGUAUCUCAGAGAUUCUGUGAUUUUCUCCCUCUCUUCUCAUGUCUGUAAUCAAUUAUCCUUACUGUUCUGAAUCGCGGAUGUACCAUGGAAGCAGAAUUCGAAAUGUUGUAGAGCAAUCAAGUCAAGUGUCACUUUCAUCCAUAGCCCCUUCUUUAUCCUCCAAGCUCAUUUUUAGCAAAUAAUGCACGAC